AUGCCAGAAGCUAUCAUAUUUGUCGGCAUUGCCAUGCUAAUGUUUUUCGGUUUUAACAUUGUCGUUCAACUAUUAUACACUGUCAAAGCCGUUCCACGGUCACAACGUGUUCUGGAAAUUCGGUUAUCCGCUAACAAUACACUCACAAUGAAAGAAAUUGACCGUCGGUUCCCCAAAAGACCGUAUGGAGAAGUUCUACAAGAACUUAAUUCUGAUGAAGAUCACCCGAGCCGACAAGGCCAUGGUGAAGAAAACAUCACAUGUCCUAUUUGUCUAUGCACUGUCGGUGUAGAUGAUGAUCGCAAUAUGCCUGCAAACCAGAUUCCCAUGCGUGUUCUUUCAUGUAAACAUGCCUUCCACGCUGAUUGCGUAGUAGCAUGGCUGAAUAAGGUGAAAGCAAAUUGUCCAACAUGUCGCGAAAAGUUUUAA